AUGAUAACUAUCCACACACGCCAUGGGGGAAUUCCCGCUUUGGCGUCUGCCACCCAUCCUCCACACGAACCACUGCUUUGUACACUAAAGAUUUUGAAUAAGGGUGUGCAGUUUGGAGUGAUUCUUGAACUUGUUUUGCCAACCCAUGGCGUUGCUGACAAGCGACUCUAUCAGCUUCACUGUGGAGGAGACAACCUUGUGCCUGGUGGGAACUCGCUCGCGAAAAUGGACACUCUUUCGCAUAAAUUAUCGCUAUCAUUGCUUCGGUAUGGGGAAACUCGGCCCGGAACGCUGUCGCUGUCACUCAAGCAACCAUGCCCUCUAUGGUAUCCCGUAGGACUUAGCAAGCUCGAUGCUGAUUUUCGAAAACUCUUAGAGCUGGCACGGUCACCAGCAAUCCACAUUGUUUUUGACAUUGCAUGGCUGAGUGACCAGAACUUAAAGGAACUUAAGUGUAUUCUCGGAGGCUCUCAGAAGUUCAUUAGUGUUCCAGUUCUACCAGAGCUCAAGAAGUCGCAUAAGGAAGUAGAUUGGCUAAUCAUCAACCAUAUGCAGGAUGCCGCUCCUGAAGCUUGUGUUCCCGCUGAAGACCAGGCGUCUGUGGUUAUAUCCAUCGAGCACGGGGAGAUUAAAGCACCUCCCUUCCAAGACGAAGAAUACGACAGACCCCCUCCAUAUGCGCAUGUAUCGAGUAAACGAUCGAGACACGCUGGCCCUAGUCUAACGCUCGAUGCGCAUGAUUUGAAGCGCGCUACUCCUGCGCCAUCGCUUUGCGCCGAGUCCACCGCUUCGUCUUGUGCCACCGCUCCAGUAGACCUUUUUCAAGAAGCUGUUACUUCCGCCGUCAAAAAAGUGCUCUCACACUUGUUGAGGAAAGAGUUGUUAAGGAAGAAGAGGCUGCUGAGGAAGAAGAAGCUGUUGGGGAAGAAGAAGCUGGCACAAGUGGUUAUGAAAGUGUUCCCGCAGGUGUUAGAGGAGCUUCUUCAGAAAACAUCUGCUGGUCACGACGAUCCGACCCACGAUCCGACGUUUAGCAUAAUCAAGGGAGCUAUUAAAUCGGCCUAUGAAUCUUAUGGUGAAGUAAUGGAUAACAACCUCGAUCAAUCUCUCAAAUCUGCUAGCAUUGAAUUAGAGGAGUUGAAUGUCGAGUUAAAGGGUGAUUUGGCAGCUCGUGCAGAGGAUGAAAUGGCUAGUUGCAAUGACCAUCUCAAUGAAAUGAAGGCAGAGUUUGAUCAAGGUGUAGUAGAACGCGUGGGCGUUUUGGAAGAUUAUGCUGAUAAGGUAGUGCUUAACACUAUGGAUCGUUUGAACGGGCUUCUCGACCCUGUUCGCACUCGAGUGUUGCAUGGAGGUGGAGACGUCCCCUUUGCGUCAGAGCAAAGUCAGAGGGCCAUGUCUCUGCCCGUUUCGAAGGAUGACAAGGAAAGAAUUGCAAAGGUAGCAUGA